AUGAAGAUGUCAAAAGCUUUCAGGCAGGAGGGAGGGGGGAGGAGGGGGGAGGAGGGGGGUGAGGGGGCUCCAGGAGGAGACCCCAACGGCAAACUGAAGUGGGGGGGGGGGGGGGGGGGGGGGCAGUCUGUAUGGACACAGUCGUUGCUGGUGGGUGGUGGUGGUGAACACAUGAACUUCCUGGUCCUUUGUGUGGCGGCGGCGGUGGCGGUGGCGGCGGCGGCGGCGCUGGGCGGGUGUGAACGUGGAGAAUAG